AUGUUUGUAACUUUGUUCACUGAUCUUCCUGAUCUUGUUAUUCUUAAUAUUCUUCGUUAUCUUUCACCUUUUGAUGCAAUUCAAGCAUUUUAUAAUAUUGAUAAUAAUACGGAACGAAUUUUAAAUCUUUUAAUUGAAGGUCAAUGUUUUUCAACUAUUCAUCAUUUUCGUUUAUCUUUAUUUAAUUUUGUUUGUGAUUAUGUUUUAUCACGUAUUGGUAAUAAACUUUCUCAUUUAACUCUAUAUGAUCAUCAACUUGGAUUAGCUCAUAAAAAACAAAUUCUUUUAUAUUUAACAAAUAUUUUAUCACUUCAUUUAAUAAAUAUAGUUGAAAUAACAGAAAAUGAUAAUCAUCUUUCAUAUUUUUUACAUAAACAAUUAAAAAAUCUUACAAUUAAAUUUCUUAGUGAAAAUCAUAUUGAAGCUCAAGCUUAUGUAUGUGAACAAUUUAUAUUUAAUAAAAAAUCUGAAAAUUUAAUUGAUUGUUGUUUAUUAAAUAAUUAUGGUAUACAACUUCAACAUUUAACUUUAUUUCCAAAUAAUUCUAUUGAAAAAAUGACAGUACAAUUAAAACAAUUAUCAGAUUUACAUGUACUUUUUGAUCAUUUAUUGAAUAUAAAAAUUUUAAAUAUUGAACUUUGUCGAUGGACUAUUGAAGAUAUUAAAUAUGAUUAUACAAAAUUACCAAAAAAACUUUCUCAUUUAAUUGAAUUUUCUCUUAAAAGUGAACAUAUAUUAAGUUUUAAUCAAAUAAUAACAAUUAUUCGUUAUCUUAUUCAUUUAAAAAAACUUUCAUUUAUUUAUCGAAAUUAUGAUGAAUAUGGUAUUGAUAUAAAUCAACUUGAAUUAACAUUAAAUUAUCUUAAAAAUUUAACACAAUUUCAUUUUAUUAUUAAAUUUAUAUAUUUUAAUCUUAAUCCAAAAUUAACAUUUGAAAAUAAUAUUCAAUUUAAACAACAAUGGAAUAUACAUACAUAUAAAAAUUCAUUAUAUAAAAAUUAUCUUGCAUAUACACAACCAUUUAUAAAUCGAAAAUAUUCAAUUUCAACUGAUAUUCUAUUUCAAGAUAAUUCAAUAGAUUUUUCAUCAAUAACUAAUUUAAGUUUAAUAACACAUACAAAACAACUUUCAAUUUUACCUUUUAUACAUUUAUUAAAUAGUAAUUUUCCAUCAAUUACUCAUCUUCAUAUUGUAGAUUCAUUUGGUAUUGAAGAUAAUAAUAAUUAUGAUUUUAAAUUACCUAAAAUUCAUUCAUUUGAUGCAUCUGAAUUAAAAAUAUCGAAUUUAUUUCAAAUAUUUUUACAAUCAAUGCCUAAUUUAAUUUAUCUUCAUGUAAAUUUAAAUGUUUUAUUAACUUAUGAUCUUAAAUUAUUGUUAACAAAAAAUAAAAUCAAACAUCUCGAAUUAAUAACAAAUAAUUUAGAUGAAAUUAAUAAUAUUUUAUUUUAUUUUUCAUCUUUAGAACAUUUAGUUAUCAAUAGUAAGAAACAAUCAAAUCAAUAUACACGAAAAUAUCUUCAAAUUAUAUUCGAUUGGUUUCAUAUAUGUUCUCAAUUGUAUAUAAUUCAUGUCAAAGCACACAAACUAUCUGAUUUAUUUUAUUUAGUUCAUACGGAAAGUGAUGAAACUAUACAUGUACAAUAUUCGAGUGAAAUGCUUACUGUAUGGAAAUGA